AUGCGACCCCGAAGCUGGCCCGGCAUGAAGACGACACUGCGAUUCGACGCGCGCGACACACUCCUCUACUUCAAGAACAAGAAAUGGAACGCAUUUCGCAGGGUGCCAUACCUCGAAAAUGUCGAGAUCGACCAGCGAACCGCAUAUUUAUUCCUUUUGCCAGCGCUGUUCUUCCGUUUCUUUCCAUUCAUAAUGACACACAACUCCACACCUAUGAGCGCAUUCCUGGCACUCGUUUUGAUAUACAUACCCGCCCAUGUUGCCCUGACAGCUUGGCAAAGCUAUUCUUCACUCCUGAGAACGAUGCAGCGAGCAAGAGAGAUGCGGGAGUGUUCGCCAGUGCUGAUGCGGAAUGCGCCAAAGCAAGCGUACUCGCCGCCUUCUCCAUGGCUAAGGAGCAGUCUGGCGAGGAACCCAGACACCGUCAGUCUGUCGCUAUGGGUGUGCGGCGCCCUCCUGACCGUGUGGGUUUAUACGUCGGGCAUAUCUCCGCCGUUUCCGUCGGCCUCGAGCCUCAUAUCCUCGUCGCCGACGCUCACGGCGUAUCUGGAGCGAAAUGCGACGUACUAUAUUUCGGCCACAUUUUGGAACAAUGAGGACAUCUUGAGUGCAUGGACAUCUGAGACGCUCCAACUCAUUGACAUCCUCGGCCCCUCCAACGUAUACGUAUCGAUGACGGAAAACGACAGCGAAGACGAUACGCCGACGAUGCUCCGACGAUUUGGCAGACAGCUUGACGUUCUGAAUGUCAGGCACAAUGUGAAUAUUUCGACUGGAAUCCGUGAAGAGCCCCUAGAUGACCCUUGGCGAAGUGUCAGGCAUCGGGUAGGGUACAUGACAAACCUCCGGAACGGCGCCUUGCAGUCUUUGGAGGACGCCCGCCAACGAUUCGAUGUUGUCAUAUUAUUGAACGAUAUUGUCUUCCAUCACACCGAUGUGUUGAAGCUGGUUUCUGCGCUGGGGGGCGAUGACCAGAGGGAGAAAGCUCGCAACAACCACCACAAGAACACGAGGCGGCGCAUGGCGUGUGGCCUGGAUAUGGACAACGCGGCGCUAUACGACGCGUGGGUUCUCCAGGACCGUUGCGGUCGGCCCAUCACCGGCUUCUGGCCCUUCUUCACCUCGGAAGAGGAUAAGCAGGCCGUUAGAGACGGCCAUGUGCUAGAAGUUGGGACCUGCUGGAACGGCAUCGCGGCUUUGGACGGCGACAUGUUCCUCGACUCGCGACUGAGGAGCAAAACGGCAGAUUGGCACACGGAUGCGCUGAGAUUCUCGGAGCCACCAGAGUGCGUCAUAUCAGAGUGCGCGCUACUACCACUGAGGAUCACAAAUACGACCGGCGGCGCGCCCAUCGUCGUUGACCCCACCGUCGUGGUGGCGUACAGUGUGCGCGGGUGGAAGUAUUACGCCGUCUGGCUGCGGAUGCCAGUAGUGAAGCUCUGGAUGCGCAUAUUCGAGGAGCGAUAUUGGGAUCUUUGGUGGAACAUGGGGAUGGGCAAGGGACUGAGGUGGACGGGGCUGGACAAUGGGAGAGAAAAGAAAGAAUGCAUCAUUGAUGGCUGGCCGCGCUGUGAUACCAACGACACCGCUGUGCCAGGGGGUUUCUCGCUCAGAUUCAGAGGAGACCUUUGA